GCUCAAUGAGGUUGAAGGAAAUCCGGUCAAUAGAGCAAAAUAAUUUCAGGUACGGAAUCGCAGCGCACAGAUGUUGGUUCUAAGAAGCAUUAAUCCACGGAUAUAAACGACGUUUUCUCGAAACUGAUCCCAAGGGACAAAUAUUUCCAGCUGCCAUUACCCGGUACCGUAGCGGGAGGUGUGUUUUAAUUUCUCCGCCCACUCCGGAAAACUCAACAGAGUCGACGUUAUUUUUAUUUUUUAAGGUGACGUGGAGUCGGACCCCGUCUUCUAACCGACUCUUAUGUCAAUAAAAGUACUCUUUGUAUUUGGAUAUGCACGUAAUGGAUACAUAACACGAUGGAACGUCGCGUCAAACAUUUCCAUAAUGUUUAGCUGUAAAUCUUAACACUGAGCUCCAGUAUCGGCGCAUACCGGAGUCAAGAGGAGACAGUCGGGGCCUGGAGCCCGUGGAAUCCGGAGGACAGUCAGGUUUUAUUGGAUCUGCAGCAUCGGGAUUAAAGUAACACAGCAGUGAAAUUGGGGUUAUGCAGCGUGGAAUAGGACACCUGCCAGGUGGCUGCCAGAGGACGAUGGGUCUGCACUGCGUCUUGAUCCUGUGCUUUUUCUCAGGCUGGGCAGUGGGCUACAAACAUGGGGACAACGUGACUCUCUAUGUCAACAAAGUGGGCCCUUAUCAUAACCCCCAGGAGACAUAUCACUACUACACCCUGCCUGUUUGCAGGCCAGAGAAGGUGCACCACAAGUCGCUGAGUCUGGGAGAGGUUUUGGACGGUGACAGGAUGGCAGAGUCGUUAUAUUACAUCCAGUUCAGAGAGAAUGUGGAGAAAAGAACUCUUUGUCAGCUCACUCUCUCAGAGAAACAGGUGGACCAGCUUCGUGAGGCCAUUGAGGAGCUGUACUACUUUGAAUUUGUCCUGGAUGAUAUCCCAAUAUGGGGGUUUGUGGGUUACAUAGAGGAGAGCGGCUUCCUGCCUCAUAGCCACAAGGUUGGUUUGUGGACUCACCUCGAUUUUAACAUAGAGUACAACGGCGAUAGCGUGAUCUUCGCAAAUGUCUCUGUAAAAGACGUCAAACCUGUUCCCUUAGAGGAGGGGGCUGGUGCAGCGGUGGGCGGAGUAGGGGUGGGCGGAGGCAGCCUUACGGUUACCCAUACCUACAGUGUGCAUUGGUUUGAGUCUCCUUUGGCUCAUGCACGCAGAGCUGAGCGUCUCCGUGACUACUCCUUCUUCCCCAAAACACUGGAGAUCCACUGGCUGUCCAUCAUUAACUCACUGGUGCUGGUGGUGCUGCUGCUGGGCUUUGUCAUCAUCAUCUUGAUGCGGGUUCUCAAGAAUGACUUUGCCAGGUACAACGUGGAGGAGGAGGGCGGCUGUGAUGAUCUGGACCAGGGAGACAACGGCUGGAAGAUCAUACACACCGAUGUCUUCAGGUUUCCCCCGUACAAAAGCCUGCUGUGUGCCGUGCUGGGAGUCGGGGCACAGUUCCUCACUCUUGCCACGGGUAUAAUUGUUAUGGCAUUGCUGGGGAUGUUCAAUGUUCACCGUCAUGGAGCCAUCAACUCGGCAGCCAUCGUCCUUUAUGCUCUGACCAGCUGUGUGUCAGGUUACGUCUCAUGCAGCUUCUACACACAAAUAAACGGUCAGCGCUGGGUUUGGAACAUCAUCCUCACCUCGUCUCUUUUUUCUGCUCCGCUUUUCCUAACGUGGAGCGUAGUUAACUCAGUCCACUGGUGGAGCGGCUCCACUCAGGCUCUGCCAGCCACUACGGUGUUCCUCCUGCUGGGUGCCUGGGUGCUUGUGGGUUUCCCCCUCACUGUCAUUGGUGGCAUUGUGGGAAAGAACCGUGCAGGCAGCUUCCAGGCGCCCUGCCGCACACGUAACAUCCCUCGGCAGAUUCCUGCACAGCCCUGGUACAAACACACAGCGGUUCACAUGGCCAUCGGCGGCUUCCUGCCUUUCAGUGCCAUUUCAGUCGAGCUGUACUACAUCUUCGCCACCGUUUGGGGCAGAGAGCACUAUACUCUGUAUGGUAUCCUGCUAUGUGUCUUCGCCAUCCUCCUCUCAGUGGGCGCCUGCAUCUCUGUGGCUCUCACAUACUUCUUGUUAUCUGGUGAGGACUAUCGGUGGUGGUGGCGGAGCGUGUUGAGCACUGGUUCCACUGGCCUCUUCAUUUUCGUUUACUCCGUUUUCUACUAUCGGAACCGGUCGUCCAUGAGCGGGGCGGUGCAGAGCACGGAGUUCUUCGGCUACUCUCUGCUUACAGCGCUGGUCUUCUCACUGAUGUUGGGCAGUGUGUCGUUCUGGGCCUCACUGGCAUUUAUUCGCUACAUCUAUCGUAGCCUCAAGAUGGACUAGACAUGAAGUGUUCACUUAUAUACAUUCACACACAGCUCUAAACAAACACACAUCCACACAGUACACAUGGACAAUCCGCAUUCUCCUGUCUCGCUAUUUGUCAUACACGGACACACCUAACUACACACACAGACACACACCUCCUAUGGGGUUAAUGGGAGGAGAAAAAGGGGCCUUUAACUUGUGUUGGAACUAAUGAUAAGAGGAGUUGUCAUUGCUGGAAAAAGGGAUAGGUCAUGAUGAAUAUAUAGAACUGAUCACAAGUUGCUUUAAAGGAUACGAUGGGGUACUGCAGUACAAAGGGAUGAGUUUGUCCCAUCUGGAGCACAUGAUUAAAAUGAGAUAUUAUGUGAGUGGGUGUAAUCAUUGCCGACGGUUUGCAGUGUGGCAUCUUUUGCUCUGGCUCCUUCUUCAUAGUCUGUCAGAACUUGGCAGGAUCAACAAAUGCUUUAUUUCCAGCAUUUUGCUGGUUAUACACAGACUUUUUAUUGUGUUGCAGUAGUUCUGCAAUCUCAUUCCCCUACUCUUUAAAUUUUGGCAAAAUAUUACAAUAUUUUGGUAAAAACUUAUCAGCUGGCCCUAUUGAGCCAUAUUCCACAGUGGGUAAGAGAAAGAUGCCUUUUAGACUGGAAACCUUGUGUGAUGUUGGUGAUGGGAGCAAUAUUGUCAUUGUAUUCUAUGGUCACCAUUGACUGUGAUUUUGGUUCUGAUGUAAAUAUAGUCUUUUCAAUAAAAUGCUUUUUAAUACAAUCUUGCCAGCAAAA